AUGAAGCCAUUGAGGCAAUUUCGGCCCUUCAAGCUGAUUGGGAAAGAAACCCUGGCCGAGGGCAGUGAGGAUAGCUUCCCCAUUCGCCGUUUCACUUUCGAGUUGCCCGAGGGCACCUCACUUCAGUCGCUUGGCUUUGACCUUGGCUCGGGCGAUUUCGUGCAGGUGAGGCCGCCAGCUGGACGGGUGAGGUCCUACUCGCCUGCCUCACCUGCAGAUCGGACAGGAAGCUUCGACCUCGUUGUGAAAAUCUACAGAGGUGGCAGGUGCUCUGGCCAUCUGGAUAGCUUGGAAGUUGGAGACUCUGCGAUGAUUUCCGGCCCUGCGCCUGUGCCAUGGCUGGCUUUCACCUUGAAGCAGCAGAAGCAUGUUGGCCUCAUCGCCUUUGGUGUGGGCAUCACGGAGGCUUUGCCAGUUGCGUGGUCACAGCUGCUGAAGCCGAUCGACAUCGUGGAGCGUGUGAUCUUGCUCUGGGGCAACAAAACCUGGAUGGACGUUUUCUGGCAGGAACAGUUGCAGGAGCUGGUGCAGCAGCACGCUGGUAGGUUUCAGGUGGUCCAUGCAUUGUCAAGAGAACAUCGGGAAGGCUGCGUGCGCUCGCGGAUAGACCAACCUCUGCUGGACACCACGUUUCAGGCAUUCCCACGUAGUGCCGCCUUCCUUGUUGUCGGCACCAAGCAGAUGAAGAAAGACUGCCUGUUCCGGUCAGUUGUGGCUGUGGGGAGAGACACGGCGCUCAUUGGCAGCAUGCGGCUUCUCGUCCUCUCCGUUGCUGCAAAUGCGGCUGAGGAUGCCGUGGAACUGGCGCUGGUGAAAAAGGUACUACUUGCUGCAGCCUAG